AUGAACGAGUACGAGGCCCGCCGCCUAGAAAACAUCAAACGAAACCAGGCCCUCGUCCAAGAGCUUGGCCUGGAGCACUCGGCAGCUGCACCCGCGUCCAACAAACCCAGCAACAGCAGCAGACAGCGCCCCUCGAAACGGCGAAAGCUCGAGCCCGCAGCCCCUACACGCUCGUCCGCCCGUAUCGCCCACGCAGGGGCCCGUCCACUUUACAACGAGGGGGAUGCAACAGUAACAACCGACCAGCCACGGCACCGAUCGAGCAGCCUCGCCGGCCGCCGCAACCGCACCACCUCAUUUCGCUCCCCCUCCCCUUCCACGGAUGUCCCUGCCUCCGGCGCCCGCAACGUCGACGCCAUCCGCGCGGGUUGGACGUCCUGGACACCCACGGCGCCGCCGCCCGCGCGCGACGACGACGACACUCAGGGCACCUUCCACUUCGCCUCGCACCCGGACUUCACGCCGAACAAGUCUCCGGAGGAAAUGCUGCGCGAGGGCUGCUUCGGCGGCAGCUACUUCCGGCCCUUGUACAGCAAGGCCCUCGGCACCACCAUCGCCGACGACUGGCGCGAGUUGCCCGCCGAGUGGACCGCCGGCCUGGACGUCGGCCGUUACCUGACGAGCCCGACGUACGACCCUGAGGUCAACAAGUACGGCGUCUCGUGCGGGCAGAGCAUUGAGGAGUGGGAGGCGGCCGGGUGGAUCGCCCAUGAGUAUGAUGUGCGCGGCUGGUUCCAGUGGUAUUGCCGCUUUUGGAUGGGGAGGAGGUGCGACGAUGAUGAAAGGCAGAUUGGCCGCUGGAGAAGGUGCGUGGGCGAGACGGGCCGAUGGCGGAGGGCGCUGCUGAAGAAGUACGUUGCUGUUGGCAUUCGCAGCGUGUUUGAUGACGGCGACGACGAUGAGGCGAGGGGCGAUGUGAGCCCCGUCGUCCAUCAGACCUGCCAUCACUGGGCCUACGAAGUACGCCAGGAGGCUCUCGAUAGGUUCUGGGCCGAGGGGCGAUGA